AUGUCCCAAGUGGCCCGAAACGAUUGGGGCUUGAGCACAAGGGACAUCAAAUACAAGGUGAACACUCAUUCCUCGCAGGCCUCCUGUUUGAUCUAUUCUUUGCACUGCAGAAACGCACGCCAGUCUCUCCGCCGUGGGGGCAUGUCCCGGUGAGUCGAAUGCUGGUGGCCAUGUUGCUCUGGUGGUCAGCAUUUCUUGCUUCAUCUGCACUGGCGGUGCCGCUGCGGGGCGCCUAUGACCUCAGCGUCAGACAGAGACAGAUGCUGCCGCCAGGCAAUCGACGGAGAAGCAGAGUCAAUCACCGUGGCUGAAUCAUGUCCUUCGUGUGGGGCUUGCUUCUCUUCUGCUCUGUGUGCUCGUUCAGCUCACCCGCUCGCAGUCGGCCAGCACACUAGAGACUCGGACAUUGACACGGAUGACGACAUCUUUGACGAAGCAGACAUCGUGAUGCAGCCGUCCCCCCAACAGCCCCCCCAGUCACCCAACGAGAAGGAAGCCCGAGAGCUAAAGCCGUCCGCGGAGGCCCUGGACGAGGACCCAGAAGAAGGAGAAGAGCUGGAGGACAUCGCCAAACACAUCGCAACAGCCUUUUUCGGGGAAGGAGGCUCUCCCGAGGCAAAUCCAGCAGAGCCACCAAAGAAGGAGGAAGCGAAGAAGGCAGAAGGAGUCCAGGCGAUCCCACAGGACGAGACUGCGGACGGGUGCGACGAGGGGAAGCCAACACCUGAAGAAAUGCGCAAGAGGGAGCAAAAGCUCCUCGAUGAGAUCAGGAAAGCUUCCCUCUCCAACCCCGCCACCGCCACCAACAUCACCAUGACCAGCCCUCCUCCGCCGCCGCCACCGAAGGACGACGAGUGUGAGACGCCCGCGCCAAAGGAGAAGGCACUUGAAGAGACGGCCGUCAUUGGCGGGGAAACGGAGCAGCAACUGACCGAGACAGAGGGGGACAGCCACAGCCACAGCCACGGCCACAGCCACAGCCACAGCCACGAGGCACCGCCAGCAGCGGCCGCCAAACCCGAGAAAGAGCUGUCCGAGACGGAAGGCGAGGCGUCAGAAGAGGAGGAGAAGAAGCUGUCGGCCACGGAGGGGGAACCUGUCGAGAAGAAGGAAGAGGCCGUCGAGGAGAAGAAAGUCACAGGUUGACCGACACGACGGAAACAGACAUAUGUGGAUGGAUGGAUGUAUGGGGAAGGCGGUAUGCUCUCAUGUUGGCAGUCAGUGGUGCGCUGCAGGUGGGGCGGCGGGCGGGUACGACGACUGCGAGCCCAUUAGGCCCAAACUGGUACCCACAGCCAAGCCAUACCCACUAGGCGACGACGGUACAUCGCACACACAGAGGCAGAAUCCGGUCGAAGUGCCGCCUGUCAUCAGGUUGUGAACCCGAGAGUGCGUCUUCCCCUGCGAGCCUCAAGAAGGGCGAGGAACCCGGGGCGCCCAAGGAAGAGCCCAAGACGGUACCUGGUGCACAGCCGCAGCAACCGAAAGGUCCUGGUGGCGGCAAAGGUAGGUAUCCACACGACAGACAUAGACCGAAUACACCCAACCGAAUACACCCAUACCCACGGCUGACGUGAUGCCACCAACUGUCGAUUUACUUGCCGUCCCUUCUGGUUGUGCUUGUGUGUGCAGCGGCUGGUCUGAGUCCCUCCAUCUCCACGCUGACGAUCGUCGCUCUCGUCACUUUGUUCAUGCGAACGUGAGUCAUAGAUAAGAGAGAGACACAACACAUGGCCGCCCGUGAGUGAAUUAAUGGCUGAGAAGACCGCAUGGGAUGGAACCAACUCACUGGAUUGCCUCAACCAUUGACAAGUG